UCCAAAAAUGCCCUGGCUCAUGCCCUGCAAGCGGCCAGGCACGACUGUGACCUCCUGCGGGAGCAGUAUGAGGAGGAGCAAGAAGCCAAGGCAGAGCUGCAGCGGGCUCUCUCCAAGGGAAAUGCUGAAGUGGCACAGUGGAGAACAAAGUAUGAGACUGAUGCCAUUCAGAGAACUGAGGAGCUGGAGGAUGCCAAGAAGAAGCUUGCUGCUCGCCUGCAAGAAGCUGAAGAAGCAAUUGAAGCAGCCAACGCCAAAUGCUCUUCUCUGGAAAAGACAAAGCACAGGCUGCAGAAUGAGCUGGAAGACAUGAUGAUUGACCUGGAGAAGGCCAACUCAGCAGCUGCCUCCCUGGACAAGAAGCAGCGUGGGUUUGACAAGAUCAUCAAUGACUGGAAGCAGAAGUAUGAAGAGUCACAGGCUGAGCUGGAGGCUUCCCAGAAGGAGGCCCGUGGCCUCAGCACUGAGCUGUUCAAGCUGAAGAAUGCCUACGAGGAGACACUGGACCAUCUGGAGACAUUGAAAAGGGAAAACAAGAACCUCCAAGAGGAGAUUUCUGAUCUGACCAACCAGAUCAGUGAAGGAAACAAGAGCCUCCAUGAAAUAGAAAAAAUCAAGAAACAGGUUGAACAAGAAAAGUCAGAAGUUCAGCUGGCUCUGGAAGAAGCAGAGGGAGCUUUGGAGCAUGAAGAAAGUAAGACCCUUCGGUUUCAGCUUGAACUUUCUCAGCUUAAAGCAGAGUUCGAAAGGAAACUGACAGAAAAGGAGGAAGAAAUGGAAAAUAUAAGGAGAAAUCAGCAACGCACCAUAGAUUCACUGCAGUCCACCCUUGAUUCUGAAGCCAGGAGCAGAAAUGAGGCCAUCCGGCUCAAAAAGAAGAUGGAAGGGGACCUCAAUGAGAUGGAAAUCCAGCUCAGCCAUGCUAACAGGCACGCUGCAGAAGCAACAAAGUCAGCACGUGGCUUGCAGACACAAAUAAAGGAGCUUCAGGUGCAGCUGGAUGACUCGGGACAUGUGAAUGAAGAUCUGAAGGAGCAGCUGGCAGUGUCUGACCGGAGGAACAACCUUCUCCAGUCAGAGCUGGAUGAGCUGAGGGCUUUGCUGGACCAGACUGAACGAGCAAGGAAGCUGGCAGAGCAUGAACUGCUGGAAGCCACUGAACGCGUGAACCUGCUUCACACUCAGAACACAAGCCUGAUCAAUCAAAAGAAGAAGCUGGAGGGUGAUAUUUCCCAGAUGCAGAAUGAAGUGGAGGAAUCGAUCCAGGUUGCAGAGGAAAAAGCAAAGAAAGCAAUCACAGAUGCAGCGAUGAUGGCUGAGGAGCUUAAAAAGGAGCAGGAUACUAGUGCUCACUUAGAGAGAAUGAAGAAGAACAUGGAGCAAACCAUUAAAGACCUCCAGAAGAGACUGGAUGAAGCAGAACAAAUAGCCCUGAAAGGUGGCAAGAAGCAAAUCCAGAAACUGGAAUCCAGGGUUCGUGAGCUGGAGAAUGAACUUGAAACUGAACUCCGCCGCAAUUCGGAUGCCCAAAAGGGAGCCCGCAAGUUUGAGAGACGCAUCAAGGAGCUGACUUACCAGUCAGAAGAAGAUAAGAAGAAUCUGGCCAGGAUGCAGGAUCUGAUUGACAAGCUUCAAUUGAAAGUGAAGAGCUACAAGCACCAAGCAGAGGAAGCUGAAGCUCAAGCCAAUCUGUACCUUUCGAAGUACAGAAAACAGCAACAUGACCUGGAUGAUGCUGAAGAAAGGGCUGAAAUAGCUGAAUCUCAAGUUAAUAAGCUGAGGAGCAAGUCAAGAGACAUUGGCAUGAAAAAGGUUCAUGAAGAGGAGUAAAUACAGUCCAAGCUGACAAAUAUGAGAAGAUGCUUGAUAUAAUCAGGCAUAACUGAAAACAGAUGUAGAAAUAAAUAAGCACUUACAUAAAUAAACAUCAAGUGAAAAUC